ACCGGGUGGAAGCUUCUUCCUACGUUCUAGAUUUCCGGCCUGAGUGCAGCCUGUGAGAUUGACAACGUUGCGAUGAGCCGGAUUUAUCACGACAGCGCCCUGCAGAACAAGCCUGUUCACGAUGAGCGGGUGCCUGGCCCCUGGGAGCCGGCUGCUUUCCAGCGUGGUCAGGGUGUCCUCUUGGAAGGAACUCUGGUGGAUUUUUCGCGUCACAGUAUUACAGACCCCAAAGGAAAGAAGGAGCGCUGGUACAUCCUGUACCUGAAACCUGACAAAAUACACCGCAGGAAGUUCGAUAAUAAAGGAAAUGAAAUUGAACCCAACUUCUCUGAUACUAAAAAAGUUAACACAGGGUACCUGAUGUCUUCUUACAAGGUAGAGGCUAAAGGUGAAACGGACAAGCUAUCAGCAGAGGACCUGAAACAGCUGGUAAACAAGACGUUACUUACAACGAUCACUGAGAGAUUGACUCCCCCUGAUACCCUGGCAUUCUGGUUACCAGAAUCUGAUGUGGAAAAAACUGAGCUUGAACUGGGUGAACAGCUGCGAGUGAAAACCGUGGGAGAUGGACCCUUUUUAUUUUCUCUAGUCAAAGUUGAUGGUGGAACAGUGACAAAGUGCAACUUUGCUGGUGAUGCUCAUACUGGAGCUUCCUGGACUGAUAAUAUCAUGUCCAAAAAAUCUCAAAGCAGUUCUCCAAAAUUGGAGCGGAGAGGGCAAGGGGAUGGAGCAGAAGAUGAUGAAUGGGAUGACUAAGGAAAAAGGAGAAAUACUAUGUUAAAGAAUGAAUAAUGACCAAAUUGCUCAUUCAAGUUGUUUUUGUUAAAAUGAAGAUGAUAUGUUUGCUUCCUCCUGGAAAUAUUCCAAGUGUCCCUCUACAACAAAUAUCUAUUAAUGAAUAAUACAUAUUUCCUAAUGUUUAAAUGUUUGUCUGCAAUUGUAUCGUGCAUUUUGAUGAUUUAUUGUUCAGGCUGAAUACAUUUUCUGUGAAGUAUUUUAUAUGUUCCAAUAAGAAUUAUUAUUAUUUUUUAAUUGUAUAUUUUAUAUUUUGAAACUGCCUACCAAACUAUUGAGGUAGAAGAUCAAAUAUAUGCUUUUCAGUAAGUCAGUAGUAAGGCUGGCUGAGCAUCAUAAUAUGUGUAGUUCAUAAAUAUCUGCAGAGCCAAGGCUUGUCUUCAAUGCUACA